AUUGUUCGCAACGGAGCUGCCGCUAAAGUUCUAUCAAAUUUCUGCCGAUCUGCUCAUAAUACGGAUGCGUUUUACUAUAACGACAAGUUCGUUCCAGGAGAGUCGCAAUUUGAGAAAGUUCUCAUCGCAAAUCGCGGUGAAAUAGCUUGCCGCGUUAUAGCUACAUGUCGACGAUUGGGCAUAAAAACAGUCGCUGUCUAUAGCGAAGCUGAUGCUGACUCUCCAUUUGUCCACAUGGCUGAUGAGGCCAUUUCUAUCGGGCCUUCACCCUCUACUCAGUCUUAUCUCAACAUAUGCGCAAUUGUGGACGCUAUUAGAACUACCGGUGCGGAGGCUGUUCAUCCCGGAUACGGUUUCCUCUCUGAGAGCUACAUUUUCGCCAGAAAGCUUGCCGAUAUGGGUGUUUGUUUUGUGGGUCCCAAUCCAGAGGCUCUUCGUUUGAUGGGAAACAAGGUUGAGAGCAAAAGUAUUGCUGCUAAGGUCGGUGUCACUUGUAUUCCUGGUUCCGACAAAGCCGUAAACGAUGCUGAGGAAGCCUUGGAGAUAGCCAACGUCCUUGGCUAUCCGGUCAUGGUAAAGGCGCUGAUUGGAGGUGGUGGUAAAGGAAUGCGAAUAGUGAGGAAUGAUGGAGAGCUUCUUGAAGCUCUGCGGCUUUCAAGAGCUGAAGCUCAGGCCAGUUUUGGUGAUGACCGAGUCCUUCUUGAGCGUUGUUUAAUCGCCCCGAGGCACAUUGAAGUUCAGGUGCUCUGCGACAAACAUGGAAAUGUGCUACAUCUGUAUGAACGCGACUGUUCCAUUCAACGGCGGAAUCAGAAGUUGAUAGAAGAGGCACCCAGCCUCUUUCUCAACUCUUACACCGACCUACGUCGACGUAUUUGCGACCAGGCUGUCGCGGUGGCGCGCGCUGUUGGAUAUGAUUCCGCUGGCACCGUGGAAUUCCUUUUUGAUGAUAGAAGUCACGACUUUUACUUCUUGGAGAUGAACACACGCCUCCAAGUCGAGCAUCCUGUCACAGAGUGCAUCACUGGUGUGGACAUUGUUCAUCAGAUGCUACGAGUAGCCAAAGGCCAUCGAUUGCUCUAUCGUCAGGAUGAUAUUUCUACACACGGUUGGGCUAUGGAGUGUCGUGUCUGUGCGGAGAAUCCACGAAAGGCUUUCGGGUUGCCCGCAGUUGGUCAACUUACCUCGUACCGAGAACCUAGUCACAUACAUGGUGUACGGUGUGAUUCUGGUGUGACAGAGGGCUCUGAAAUCUCUGUAUUCUAUGACACUCUCGUUUGCAAACUCAUUGCUUAUGGCACCGAUCGAAAGGCGGUGAUAGAUAUAAUGAAGAAGGCGUUAGAUAGCUUUAUUAUCCGCGGUGUGACUACCAAUCUUCCCCUGUUGAGGGAUAUUGUAAGUGAAGCGGGUUUUGUUUCCGGCGAGUUCACAACUGAUCAUCUUUUGAAGACCUAUCCAGAUGGAUUCAGGGGCGCACGACUUGACGAAUCAGAGGUAUAUAAACUAGUCGCUCUCGCUUCUGCGAUCAAUGUCAAAGCCGCCAUUCGAAAUUACAUAGAUAUGAGGCAAGUUUUCCUCUAUUCCAACAGUAGACUUGUUUGUCAAGUCAUAACUGGCGUAAUAAUUAUUACUCGAUUGGUGAAGUUGUGUGACGCAGCUCAUUUCUUUUUCUUUUGCAGAAAACUGGACAAUACACCCUUUUAUCUGGUGGUCAGUGCUACAGACGACUCGACAUUAGUAAAAGUCCAGGUCACUCGGGAGGAUGACUUCUUUAAGGUCAAAUUGGAACCCUUCACAUCAAAGACGGCCUCGACUAGAGUAUUAAUGGUGGCAGACAAUUUCACUCUAGCAGAUGACAUUAUUGAACAGAAGUUUGAUGACCAGCAGGCGAUAAUCUUCCAGUUCCGAGGACGUAAUCAUGUUGGAGAUGUGUGUUUACAGUACAGAGGAAGCAAGUUUUGGCUUCGAAUCCGCCCGGAAAAGGCGGCAGCUCUGGAGUCUGCCUUUAUUACACCUUACAGACGGAAGAAAAAACCGAAAUUGCCCAUUUCUGUUCUUCGGGCCCCAUUGCCUGGUCUUGUAACGUCGAUUUCAGUGGAUGUUGGGCAAGCAGUGGAGGAGGAUCAGGAGUUGUGCAUUCUGGAGGCCAUGAAGAUGCACAACUCCCUGCAUGCUGCCCACUCCGGGAUCGUGAAAGCGGUGAAUGUUAGACCGGGUCAAAUUGUUGCAGAAGGAGAGGUCAUUUUAGAACUGGAGUAG